GCCUCACGUUACUAUCAUUCAUCUUCACUCUCUUCAUCCCCUUCAGCCGCCUUAGUCCACCAUCUAUUCCCGUGUAUUAUCUUUUCUCAUCCCUUUCUGCCUACAUUUUCUUCUACGUCGCCCGUUCAAUUCAAUGUCCAGGCAAGAGCCACAUCGAAACCUCCUCCACACCAUCCAACUUCUACGCUACCUUACUCGGGCUCGCCGUUGACCGUUUCGUUUUGCCAACCCACACAAAAGUGUUUCUUGGCCCAGCUCACCGUCGCAUUAUACCAGUCACCGUUUUCCCUUCUCGGACGGACCGUUGAUUACCUCAUCCCUUCACUCAUGAUCUCGACAGCAUAGCGACAAGACAAGUUCCAACAAAAACACAUCCCAACGCAACAUAGAGACAGAGAAGAAAAGAAAGAAAGAGACAAGAGACCAACCUCAACCUCACCCAUGGUCGACUCCAGAACCCAGUUAACGCCCGACCUCUCCAUCGAUGACCUGACUCCCGAAGAGGCCAAUCGAAUCAUCCAUUCGCAUCGCAAGGUCCGCUACGGCACCGCCUGCUGGCCCUGUCGCCGACGCAAAGUCAAAUGUGACAACCAGCAGCCGUGUGAGAACUGCGUGAGACGCGACCACCCCCAGCUCUGCUCCUACAAGCCGAACCGCUCCGCCUCUUCCAAGACUCCCGCUACUGCCGGACCUGCCGGUACUGCCAUUACUGCUCCUACUACUACGGUAGCUGCCGCCUCUUCCUAUUCCGCCGACGACCAUGCACGCAAGCCUAAACGCCCGCAUUCCCCAGACUCCCCAUCCGAGUCCGUCACCACUCUCCCUCCCGCCCACCGCCAUGCCAGCUGGCCGCCCCGUGCCAUGACCAUGGCCGGCGUCGACGACGCCGAGGCCCCCGAGAGCGCCACCCGCUAUCUCGGCUACAACAGCAUCCCCUCCCUCCUGCGCGAGCAGUCAUCGUCCCACGACCAUCAGCACACCAGCGACAUCCGCCAGCACAUGCGCUCCAUCCUCGGCCUCGACACCUCCGCCCCUUUCCCCCUCAUGUCCUCGCGCCACCUCGACGCCCUGACCCGCGAAAUCUGCUCCGAGCUGCCGUCCGACCGCGAGGUCAUGAAGCUCUUCCGCACCUACAAGGAGACCCCGCAGCAGUUUUGGGGCUUCGUCGUCGACAUGGACGACCUCGAGUCCCAGCUCAUGGUCUACCUCGAGGACCGCGCCCGCAACGCCCACAGCGCCACCAAGACCCCGCGCCCCGUCUCGGCCUCGUGGCUCGCCAUCCUCUUCGCCGUGCUCGCCGUCGGCUCCCAGUACCACGACUCGCCCUACCACAUCCGCACCCGCGACUCGCAGAAAUACAUCCAAAUCUCCUUCCACUUCCUCCGCCUCGGCAACUUCCUCCUCCGCCCCACCUUCGAUUCCAUCCAGGCCCUGCUCCUCACCAGCUUCGUGCUCCUCAACGACAUGAAGGCCGAGGCCUCCUGGGCCCUCCUCGGCCUCACCUGCCGUCUCGCACAAGACAGGGACAGACACAGAGACACAGACGACCUGUCACCGGACGUCAAGUCGAGGGACUGGAUCCGUCGCAAGCUGUGGUGGACCUGCGUCUGGCACGACACCCUGACCUCCCUCUCCUUCGACCGCUCCCCCGUCACCAAUUUCCUCUGCUGCCCCAUCCCCACCGCCGCCCCGCCCGAGGCCGGCCACUUCAGCUACCUCGAGACCAUGUACCACCUCUGCCAGAUCAUCUCGACCCGCCUCAACCCGGACAUCACCACCACCGUCUCCUACGACCAGAUGGUCGACAACUACCAGGCCGUCGAGUCCCUGCGCGCCAAGGUCGCCGACCACCUCCGCUGCAAGGAGCACUGCAAGUCCGCCAUCGACCGCCUCCAGUUCUACGGCAUCCGUCUCCACACCGCCUUUAUCAUCUCCGUCUGCUGCCGUCCGGCCCUGCACCGCGACUGCCACCAGCUCACCCCGGCCCAGAAGAAGUUCCUCGCCGAAAAGUGCCGGGAGAACCUCAUCGAGACCGUCCGCAUGUUCCUCGCCAUGCAUCAGCUCUCCGUCAUCCCCACCCGCAGCUGGGCCUACACCUACCACGGCCUCUCCUCGGCCCUGCUGCUGGGCAUCCUGGGCGAGACCAAGUCGAGCCCGGACGUCCGCCAGCUGCAGGGGGAUCUCAUCGCCGCCCUGUCCGCCACCGCCGUCAAGGAGCAGACCUCCUCCUCCUCCUCUUCGUCGCCCGGCCCGCACGUCCCUCAUACCGACAAGGACAUUGAGCUCUCCGGGCCGCUAUGGCGCGCCCUCACUGCCCUCAAAAACAUUUACGAGCACGGCUCCGUCGUUGGUUCAACGGCAGCCGCCGCCGCCGCCGCCGCCGCCGCCGCUACCGUGAAGAGAGAGUCCGAUUCCGGUAGCGGACUUCCGAGUGGGGCCGGGACGCCUCUUCCCCCGCACCACCAGCAUCACCACCACCACCCCGGCGCACUAGCAUUAGCACUAGGACCACCAGCUUCCUUCUCCUCGGGGCUACCCGGCGGAGGCGGCACCACCACCACCAACAACAACAUGCUGCCCAUGUCGCACCGAACCGCGUUCCCAGGCCUCGACCCUCACCAGGACGCAGCCCUCGCCAUGGCCGAGAUGCAGCAGAACGGAAUUCCGCUACAUCAACAACAACAACAACAACAACAACAACAACAACAACAACAACAACAGCAGCAGCAGCAGCAGCAGCAGCAGCAGGGCCAGGAACAAAACUUUGGGGCCUACCCUCCCGCUCCCGGCACCCUGAUGGCCAGCGGCGCCGCCGAGACCCCCGGCGUCGGCGCCUUGGACACCAACAUGGCGAACCCCGACCCGUCGACGUACAUGUCGCCGCUGGACCUGUACGACUCCAUCUGGUGGGAGUCGCCUGAUCCGUGGAACUCGGGGCUCGAUUCGUUGAAUUUCGAUUUCGUGGCGCAGCCGCCGCCGGGACAGCCGCAGCAGCAGUAUUACUUUUGA